GCAAAAGCAGUUAUGGCAAAAGUGGGUUACCCUCAGUUUAUAAUGAAUGACACGUAUAUUAAUGAAGACAUCAAAACACUGAAGUUUACAGAAAGUGACUAUUUUGGUAACGUGUUGCAAACUCGCAAAUAUGCAGCCCAAUCUGAUUUCUACUGGCUUAGAAAAGAAGUUCCAAAAACAGAGUGGUUUACAAGCCCAACUACUGUAAAUGCUUUUUAUAGUGCAUCUACCAACCAGAUCAGAUUCCCAGCAGGAGAACUGCAAAAGCCUUUCUUUUGGGGGACAGAGUAUCCCAGGUCAUUAAGCUAUGGUGCCAUAGGAGUAAUUGUUGGCCAUGAGUUUACGCAUGGAUUUGAUAGCAAUGGUCGGAAAUAUGACAAAAAUGGAAAUUUAGACCCUUGGUGGACAACUGACUCUGAAGAAAAGUUUAAAGAGAAAACAAAAUGCAUGAUUAAUCAAUACAACAAUUACUACUGGAAGAGAGCUGGCUUACAUGUGAAAGGCAAGAGGACUUUGGCAGAAAACAUUGCAGAUAAUGGAGGUUUGCGAGAGGCUUUCAGGGCAUACAGGAGAUGGAUUGCAGAAAAGAGGGGAGGAGAAGAGGAGCCUUUACUACCAGGCCUUGAGUUCACACACAACCAGCUUUUCUUUCUGAGUUAUGCCCAUGUAAGAUGCAACUCCUUUAGACCAGAAUCUGCGAGAGAGCAAAUAUAUAUCGGAGCUCACAGUCCUCCUCAGUUCAGAGUUAUUGGUGCCAUGAGCAACUUUGAAGAGUUCCGCAAAGCUUUCAAUUGCCCAACAAAUACAACGAUGAACCGCGGGGCAGAAUCUUGCCGGCUGUGGUAG